AGAUCAUGACCUGAGCUGAAGUCAGAGCUCAACCAACUGCGCCACCCAGGUGUCCCAGCAAAGAAGUUAAUUUCCGUUUGCCUCCUCAUUUAUCUUUGGAAAUUAAAAGCAACUUGACUUUUGGUGUUUGUUUGCAAGUACACAUGGUCCCUGACUUGUGAUGGUUUGACUUACAAUUUUUGGCUUUACUGUGGUGCAAAAGCAAUACUCAUUCAGUAGAAACCAUGCUUCCUGGUUUGCUCUUUUCCCAGACUAGCUGUAUGUGGCAUGGUGUGCCCUUGUGACGCUGGGCACUGGCAGUGAGCCGCAGCUCCUAGUCAGCCCUGUGAUCAUGAGGGUGAACAACCGAUACACUAACAACCCUUCUGUACCCACACAGCCGUUCUGUUUUCCACUUUCAGUCCCGUAUCCAAUAAAUUACGUGAGACAUUCAACACUUUAUUAUAAAAUAGCCUUUAUGUUAGAUGACUGUGCCCAACUGUAGGCUAAUAUAUAUGUUCUGGGCACAUUUAAGGGAGGCUCAGCUCUGAUAUUCAGUAGGUUAGCUAUAUUAAAUGCAUUUUCAACUUAAGACAUUUUCGACUUACUGGAUUUAUCAGGAUGUAACUCCAUUGGAAGUUGAGGAAAAUCUGUACAUGGUCAAACUUAGAAGCAUUAAGAAAUCUUAUAAAAAUUAACAUACGUCCAGACUCCAUGGAAAUGGCACAUAUGUUUCAAGCAAUAUUCAGCAAAGUCCAGUGAUUCUACUUGAAUCCAGCUACACCAGUGAACUUUGCCAUAGCGAAAUAAGACUUCCAUGUUCUUUUGCAACCAGGACGUUAAAGUAAAAGGCUCUGUGUCUUUUGGAGUAGCCUUCACCAGAAUUUGCUCCAACCCAGGAGCAAAUGAUGAAUUAAUCAAAUGCUUUUUGAAGAAUUUCAUUGUACCCAGCACCUAUACACCACAUUGACAAACCCUCCCAUUCUUUGUCUCUGUAACUCUGGGUGACAUACCAUUCUGAAAGUCUUCUUUCCUCCUCUGAUAACCACUUUUGGCCACUUCUCCUGAAGAUUCACGAUCAACAAAUCGGGAGAAAUUCUUAUUAGCUCUUUUUUUCAUAGUAGCCCUGCCCAACAGUCUGAGUCUCAAGGGAAUACUUAAAAUUCUAGUGCUCUAAGGAGGAAAAAAAUAGCAGUCUAGUCUAUUUUAUAUCCAAUAAAUAUAGCCCAAUCAUUUAUAGAUUUUUAAGGCUGUGAAAGCUGAUGGAACUUUCCAGGAAGGUGUACAUGCUUGCAUGCAUAACCAUGCUGCUGACUGUGAGUGAAAGGUUCGUCUCAGCCUCCACUGUUUGCAGUGAAAAAGAAAAUCUCUUAUGAUGGUUGCUGGAAAGGAAAAUUUGAGAAAAAUCCUUUUUUUAUAGCAUAGAAAGAAGAGCUGGUAAAUUUUAGACAGGAAGUCGUAAAAUGAUUUUACAGUAAAAGAUGUGCUUUUUAGAGAUGGUUGGUUUAGACAGCCUGGAGAGGCAGGCCUUGUUUUUGCAUUAAUUUCCUAGGCUUUUUAUUUUGAAACUCUUGUACUGGGCCUGAAUUAUAAAAAGAUAGGGACUCCUUUGGAUCAGAACAGCUUUCAGGCCCUGCAGAGCAGUGCUUGCUUAGGUUGGAAUGUUUCUGGAAAUCCCAGAGGGCUCUCUGACAUCCGCCUCUUCAGUUUGCCCAGGUGUUCCCAUGGAGAAGAAAGGAGCAACAGCACCAGAGUUGGAAAAUCUGUCACAUGAUUUGGCUUUACUUCAAUGAGAUUUUCCUCAGGACAACUGCUUGGUGGAUAGGAAGGCAGUGAUGAGUAAUAGUUAAUAUAUUGGCUUCUUUUCAGGCACUAAACUAGACAGUAUCCGAGUAGUGGCCUUAGCACACCUCACCUCAAGUUCACACUAGUACACAUUUCUGGUGCUUACCCAUGAAAAGUGCAGUAGGGGUACAGAUGUGAGAUAGAUGAGGUGAACAGUGAGGUAAGGCCAAGGCGGUACACAUAAGUCAACACCAAGCGGAGAGGGGUUCAAAUAAGGUCCUUUCACCCCUUCUGAGCAUAGAGGCUGCCAUUUUUUCCCUUAGAGGGUAUAUUUUCUAAGCACUCUUCUGCUGGCUAUGCUUCGCUUGGGAGAUGGUGGUGUAGUUCUUCAGGCCAUGCAGAAGCAUCAAAGAUGAACUCUGUUUGGUAACUAGUGGAUGCUCCUUUGCUCUUCCGUGUUCAAAAGAGCAUCUGAAGAAGCACAAGUUACGCGCUUGCUGCCUGGUUUGAUUGUUACUGUUGUCUUUUCUUUGCUGAUACCCAGGUCAUUGCAAUUAACCGUACUGAGAAAGGCAGCACGGGAUUUGGGUUCUGGUUCCCUGCGACUCAUGGGUGUGUUUUCAUGAAUGCACCCAUCAGUGCGCUUACGAUAAUCCUAGCAGACACCGUGGUAUUUCCUGUGGGGCGUGUGAUACAGGCAUGCCUCCCAUACUACAUGUUGCACUGUACAUCCCCUUACCUGGUGCAGUGAAUAUAUCAUGGCCACCACUUCACCGACACAGUCUCCUAGUCUCUGCACAUUCUGUUAGCUGGCCUUAAGUCCAGCUCUGAUUUUUCUUCAGGACCCCAGGGUUAAAAUUAUUCAUGGAGGCUCUGGCCCUUCAUUUCCUUCUGUAGUUUAAAGAGAGAUGAGUUUAGCUUCCUCUGGCUAUUUUCAGCCAGAAAGUUCUGAGGUGUGAAGACGGCAUGAAAUAUUUCUUCCAGUUUGGCCUGACCAGCUGACCUAUGCUGACCUCAGCACGGCUUCGAGAAUUCCAUAAUUCCUUGCAAUUGUGGCACGGGUUCCUCCUGACCAUCUUUGCUGACCCCCUUAAAGAAAUUAUUUGAAACAUUUAAGCUAUUGUAAGGGGGCAAAGUCUGUAUAAGGCAGCCUGAAUUAGGGAAAAGAUUGGAGUUCAUUUUUUCAGCAAGUAUUUUUGAGACUCUACAUGCUAGGUGGUACGCAUACUAUUCUACCAGAGACAGAGCAGUGAGUAAAACAGACAGAGUAUGGAGUAUUUAUUUCUGGAACACUUUUCAAGAAAGGCAGUUAUACUUUCAGAAUGUGAAAUCCCCUGGGGAGCCAUCUUUUGCUGAUGCCCACCAGACGGUCUGCCAGAUUGUCAGCGAAACCCGCUCCACCCAAACCUGAACCUAAACCAAGAAAAACGUCUGCUAAGAAAGAACCUGGAACAAAGAUUAACAAAGGUGCUAAAGGGAAGAAGGAGGAAAAGCAAGAAGCUGGAAAGGAAGGUACUGCACCAUCUGAAAAAGGUGAAACUAAAGCUGAAGAGAUCCACAUCUCUCGCUCAACUGUUAAUGUCUCAACCUCCAGAGGUACCCCACCCAGCACACUGUCAGUAAAGGGGCAGAUUGAAACAGUGAGAGUUAAGGGUACAGUAGAAAAUUCUGCAUGUUUGCAGUGACUAGAAUCAGAUAGUAGUGUGGUGUUUUUUUCUAUUAUGAACAGUGGGAGCUUACAGGUAAAGCUUCUGUGGUCGUUUGAAAACCAGAAAGCAAUAAAUGCAGCCAAGUGUUUGCCUACUAUAUUCCUGCCUUGUCUGUUUCACACCCAGAGUUGAAAUAGGUUUUGCAAUCGAGCUGCUAAAAACCAGAUGUUCAGAGUGUGUGUGUUGGUCGGGUGGACUUUCUUUUGGCUGAUAGUAGCUUUAAUAGUAACUGUAUCUCCCCCCCCCUUUCUUUU